UUCCUCGGGGCAGAGGAGGGGCCGACAAGCGUAUUUUAGAAGCUCUCCAGUCCUUAGCUCGUUUAGAACGCGAGACUCUAAGCUUAUUGGAGGGCGAGCUUGCUUUACGGCUCAGGGCCGCUUUUUACGUCAUUUUCCGGCUUCCCAUUCACUUCGCAGUGAAGAUGGCGUCGGGUAGCGGGACAAAAAACUUGGACUUUCGCCGAAAGUGGGACAAAGAUGAGUAUGAGAAGCUCGCCGAGAAGAGGCUUACGGAAGAGAGAGAAAAGAAGGAUGGAAAACCAGUGCAGCCAGUCAAACGGGAGCUUCUCCGGCAUAGAGACUAUAAGGUGGACCUGGAAUCCAAGCUUGGGAAGACAAUUGUCAUUACCAAGACCACGCCACAAUCUGAGAUGGGAGGGUAUUAUUGCAAUGUCUGUGACUGUGUGGUGAAGGACUCUAUCAACUUCCUGGAUCACAUUAAUGGAAAGAAACAUCAGCGAAAUCUGGGCAUGUCUAUGCGUGUGGAACGUUCCACCUUGGAUCAGGUGAAGAAACGUUUUGAAGUCAACAAGAAGAAGAUGGAAGAGAAACAGAAAGAUUAUGAUUUUGAGGAAAGAAUGAAAGAGCUCAGAGAAGAGGAGGAAAAGGCCAAAGCCUACAAGAAAGAGAAACAGAAGGAGAAGAAAAGGAGGGCUGAGGAGGACUUGACAUUUGAGGAGGAUGAUGAGAUGGCAGCUGUGAUGGGCUUCUCUGGCUUUGGUUCCACCAAGAAGAGUUACUGAGGCUUUCUGUGCUUGGCUCUUUGCUAACUUUGUGUGUGUGUGUGGGGGGGGGUCAUUUUUUGGGGGGUACUUGGGAAAGUCCUUAGGAGCCGCAGUGGGGAGGGCUAGAGGUGGGUGUCUGUGGUUUCCCUCUACUUUGGGAGAGAGCACAGGAUGCAGAGGUAAUGCUGUGGCAUAUUCCUUUAGCCUCAGUAUAUCACUGGAGUCACAGGACCUCUGCCUGAGUUCCCAAUAAAGAAAAACCUCUUCUGAGGCUGCUUUCCCAAAACUCCCCCUGUAUCUUUCCCUCUUCAUCUGUCCAAUUUCUUCUCUGAGCAUCCUACAUUUAUCCUGUGUUUUCCCUUUGUUUUAAUUUUGACUCUUGCUUAGCCUGCAGCAGAAGGGUUCUCUGGGUCCCCAGUGUCCAGUUGAUAGCACUCUUCCCCUCCCCCCCAACCUCCCUGUGAUUCUCUACCACCUGCUCAUGCAUGUGUAUUUCUGCCUGGGUCAGUGGUAUGUGCGGGUGUGUGUGCAUGAAUUUGUCACAUAGAGGGAGCCUGAGCUAGAACCUCAGAGUAUUGCUGCAUUGGGGCCUGAUGUUCUUGGCUCUCUCAGUGCAUGUAAUAGGAAAUUAAAUGGGAUGAGUGUUUGGUGUGGUUUUUGUCUGGUGAAUUUUUUAACUUUUGUUUUUCAUAUGUAGACUGUUCAGCUUUUCCUGUUUGUUUCAUUUUAUUGAGGAUUACUCUUUUUCUUUUUUUCUUCCUUGUGAGCAGGCUCUUGGAAGAACCUGUUUGAUGCAAAAAAGAAAAAGGAAAAAAAAAAAAACUUCAUAUGGGAGCCCUUGGGUCUCAGAGACUGUUCAACAUGUAUAAUAAAUGGCAUUGACUGGGCCUAUUCACAUUUGGUGGGAACAUUCCAUAUUCUUCCCUGUGUAUUGUUUUUGUUCUUCCUACACUGAGUAUUUACAUAUAGAGCUUCUUCUUUCUUCUCCCUUCAUUUGAGCCCUGUCACUUUUUUUUUUUCUAGGUUCCUUCAGCACGAGUUGUAAUUUCCUCUGAUGGGAUGUGUGUCCGAAGGAGUCUGAACCCAACUUUUCCUAUAAUUUUAGCCUCCUUUGGUCUGUUUUUGGAACAGAGUUUAGGGUUGAGCUUAGUGUUUUCCUUACUAUCUGCAGUUAGACUAGGCACAGGGUUACUAAGUUUUGGCACUGUUGACAUUUUAGGCUGGUUAAUUCUUUGUUGUGCAUUUCAGGAUGUUUAGCAGUAUCCCUAGCCUCUACUCGCUAGAUGCUCGUAGCACCUCCUCUCCAAGUUUGACAAAUAAGGAUAUGUCCCCAGGAGUUGGUGAAAUCCCUCCCCGCAGUCCCAUUUAGAAGCAUUGAUAAGCUGCCUUCCCUAUAUUGGUCUAACUUGAGAAUUGGAUGGCACAAACUGCUUACCUAAAGAAAAAGCUUUGAUAUUCCCUGGAUUGGGUACUGUGCCAGAUCCCAGGGAUACAGAGGAAAAAAAAUCUGUCUCUUGAACAAACCAAUAAUAGUUACACAAACUCCCAACUAGGUGAAUUCUAUAAUAACCUUUGGUGGUUCUGUAUCCUGAAAAGUGGGCUCUGUGUGAGUUAACAAGGCUGCCACCAUAUGGCUUAUUUACAUUCUCUGCCUCAUUUAGCCCCUUGAAGCAUCUGAACCACCUGUGGGUCCUUUAAAGUAGUAUACUCUUUCCUUUGAACUUUUGUACAUAACUCCCUUGCUGCCAGGUAUAACUUUUGCCUAAUUUAUUUCUGAUGCUCAGUCUUGCCAUUGGGAUCACUGUGAAUGUGUCUGUCUACUGGCUCACAGUUUCACAUACAGUAUUUGUUGGCCAAUUGCAGGCAGAUUAGUGGGUUAUUUCCUUGACAGGAUUAUGUGCUCUACAGGUCCUUCCAGUAAUGCUCUACUCCAGUAGCCUGGGCCCUUUUGCUCCUCCUUUCAAGGCAGGCUGGAGAAAGUGUCAGCUGAGUUCCUUCCAUUUUUUAGUACUCUUCAGGAAACCACCUAAUUCAGCUUGUCUUCAAAUGAUUUCCCAUUCUCUUUGGUACAGUGGAAUCUUACCUUUGGUCACCUAUAAUAAAGAGCAAUUCUGAAUUUUAGGUUUUCUAUCUAAAUUCUCUUGGGACUGGCAAGUGGUUUGGGUCUCUAAGGGGUAGGUCUAGGUCGUGGGUAUGUGAAGGGACUCAAGCUGGUGACUUGGAAAGGGGGAAGAAUGAGAUGGGGUGGAAAUUUAGGACCCCAGAGCAAUUCCAGAUAACUCAAAUCUCUGAAAGAGAAAUUUCUUUGAUGUUUGUGGUCUUUCUAAAAUCCAUGGAAAUUUUGCAUUUAGGUUGAGGAAUAUGCCUGUGACUGGCCUACAUGUGUUCAUUUAUUCAGUGAUUGCUGAGAUGCUGAACAUGUUCUAGGCCCUGAUAUUCUUUUUUGGGGUAAGGCAUCAGGGUUCCAGCUCUCAUGGAAUUUAUAUUCUGGUGGAAUUGCCUUUAAAGUACCUGGGGAACAAAAGAUCGGAUGGCUUCAGAUGAUUCUGUGGCUUCAGGCAUCUCCAGGGACUCUCUUAUCUCUCUCAUAACCCCCUUUAAAAAUUUAAAUGUGAAGAUUCUUUAAUCCAGCAAUUCUACUCUAAAAACAUACCUUUGUAUGUGUACAUAUACUUACAAGGAUGUUUACUGCAGCUUUGUUUAUAUAACAGUGAAACAUUUAAAAUAAAACUGGUACAUUUAUUCUUGAA